CCCAGAGGAUCCAGCGCUCCAUACAUAUGGUUCUCUCCUCUACUGACCAGCAGUCCCUGUCUUGUAGGGACAGUAGGCUACCCAAUGUGAGCAUCUCACAGACAGAGAAGCCAGAGGCCGAUGGGUCUAGUGACAUGUUCUCACCCACAGCAGGCAAAGUCAAUCCCCAUGCCACGCUUGUUUGUCGAGUCAAGGGAAAUGUUGAAAAGUCAUGUUGAUUCCAAAUGUGAACAGAUCCGUGAGGGCAAGAUCCCGGCCCAAGUCUGGAGCUCUUGGGAAUGCAAAAUUCCUGGAAGCUUAGCAACGAUGGCUCCCUUCCCUUGGAUUCCACAGGGCCAAUGCAGAAAAUUACAGGCAGAAAGUAGAAGUGACCCUGACCUACAUCCCAAAGUUGUUCCCCGGGAACCAAAGACCCUCAGCCAGGAGACGCAGACCUUAUCCGGUGCUCUCUUUGAACACUGUAAGCGGCCCCACACUCUGUCUGAGGAAACCAUUAAGAAACUGGAGACAACUUUGCAUCAUAAGUAUCUGGCCUUCCUGUCAGGCCUGCCUGCCCUUUACUGUGUAGCUCUCUCUAGGCCCACAUCCCCAGCGGUCACUAGCCAACCUAGACUCAGAGAGAAGAUGCUCAGAGCUGUCAAAACCCCAUCAAGAGCUCUGACUCAAAUUACCUCACUUGAGCCCUGUGCUCAGGAUGACAGUGGGGUGUCUGCGGACAUUGCAGAAGAGUUCCAGCCUGGAGCAGAGGCGGAUGGAAGGACAGAAAAGGUGCCUGCAGAGGGACAGCUUCCCCCAGGCAGACCCUACACACUAAACACACAUAUCUUGGCCAAAUUGAAUUUCCACCUGAAAAAAAAGGUCUUAGCCAUGCAGUUUGGGAUUUCUGAGAAGGAGAGGAGAGAGUACAAUGAGCUGGCUACAGAUGGCCUCGAGAGUGAAUCCCUCCAGGAAUUUCUUAGGAGUCUACACAUCCCAGAGAGCACACAGCUACAGGGACAGCCUAUCACAUGUCCAUCUCCUCCAGCCCCAAAUUCGAAAAGUGUCCACCUUAAAAAACAGCCAGCUCCUGUAGUACAAGCUGUGUGCCAGGGGCAAAAGCAACCUACUUCCAAAGCAGUGCCCUAUAGUUCUGCCCAGCACGGCUCCAAGGCCUCACAGUUCCGAAGGGAUACGAUGAAGACCCAAGUCUGUGCUGACAUGGAAGCUGGAAGGAAAAGGUCCAACUUAGAGAAAGCCAAGGCUGUAGGGGACCUUGGAGAAGGGGAUGCAGGUCUUGGGUUUUACCUAGCCAGUCAAAAGACACACCAGGAUGGAGAUCAGAAGCCAGAAAAGAAACUCCUGCACAGAACACCCCAGGGCUCCUCACAACAGUGCCAUAACGUUCACCUUAAGGGUGCCUGUCCACACAUACCCCAAGAACCCCCUGAGCUUGAGUUCCCAGAUCCACCUUCAGAGGUCUUUAUGGAGACAGACUCUGAGGAGGACACAGAAGACAGUCAAAGCGAGGAAUCCGUUGUCCCGGAACCUGCAAGGACUGCUCAAGUCCCCCAGCCUGUGGUCUCCCAGGCUUCCCAGGGCCGGCCUUUCCCAUGCUCACCAAUUCAGAGAAAGCCUUUUCAGGGCCCACCUUGUCCAGGCCACUUCCCACCAGGGCACAUGAUGCCAGCCUCUCCUUAUACGAAGCCCAGCCACCUUCCAGAGGCUGGCUUGAAGAAUAAGAUGAAAUUCUUUUUUCACUCUAUUAGCCCCAAGGUAAAGAACAAAACACCCACGGAACCAUCCAUGGUCUCUCUACCUGGAAAGGUAGCCAAAACCAGUAAAGAAAGUGUUGGAAGGGGUCUCCCUCGAACCAAGAGUCCCACUAAGAAAACUAAGCCAGAGGACUCCAGAGGGCCCAAGGCCCAGUUUUCAUCCUCUGAGAAGUCAGUGAUAGCCUCCUUGUUAACUGCUCCCCAUAUUCUAGACAGUAAGCUCCAACCUCGCAGUCGGCAGCUUGGCUCUGUCUCAAUACGAGGCAACUCCCACCAUUGCCCUCGGCACUGUCCUAGGUUGGCUUAUGCCACUCAACACAGAAACCCACCCUAGUUCCCAGGGUUUACUUCAGAAAUCAUCUUCUGGUAAUGGAGAACACCCUACAUGGUGACAGUUUCUAGGCUCCCCAACCUCUGUAUCCCUUUAAGAGCACACUAUUGUCAUUUUCCUUGAUGGACAUUUUCCUUGAUGAACUGCACUACCAAAAUGUAUUUUCUAUCUCUGAAUGAGUUGUCUGUCUUCUUUGUCUUUGCUGUACAUUAUUAAGAGAAGGUAUGAAGGAGAUGAAAAUGCCCUCAUCUCAGGAAGGAGACUUAAACUUGCUUCAGACAAGUCAGUUUUCCUUACCCCAACCCAGAAUGUGAAUUAAAACUCUUGACCA